CAUUUGAGUCUACUCGAUGGAGAAUUCGCCGCCGAAUGGGGUAUUUCCUUGGACUCCGAAUUCCAGGUUCUCGACUAAGGACGGAAGAAGUGGGUAUGAACCAUCAGACACAGAGACAGAGUGGCAACAAGUUCCCAGACAUGAGCGAGGAAGAAAGAAUCUGACUUUGGGACCCGAACAGGCAAAAGUUCUCAACUUGAGGAACAAGAUUCCCAUGGCACUGCACAGGAGACAUCCUUCCAAGUUCGAACACGAAAUGUCAUCUCUAGCUACGGCUUCAGUGGCGAGCUCGGCACGAAGGAGACACCAAAGUAGAUCGCCCUACAGGCCAUUCAGAGCAGACGGCGAGGCUCUAUACCCCCUAACUGGUUUGGAUCCUUUGCCAAAACCUGACAUUGGAAGAGAAAAUCUCAAUUGGAGAGCGGCGAACAGAUCGAGUGAGAAACCAAACCAGAGGAGAUCAGUGACUGCUCCGAGACUAAGGGGAAGAGAAAGGGAACCAUCCCAUGCGAGCGCUCCUUCAAUAGGAGAUAUCAACGAGAUGGUUGCUGAGGCGAAAUUUUCAAGAGAUCCUGUUAACGAUGAGCUCACGAUAACAAGUACAGAGUCAAGUUUACCGGGUGAUAUUUUCUUUUCUCGCGAAUGCAAUGCCAUGAUGAAGCACAAGACCUUGUCAACAAAACCAAACAUUGACGCUGAAGCCCAGUUUAAGAACUCGAGGCCUAAGGUCCUUCCCCAAAGAGGCACUCCUUAUCAUCAUCAUCCGAACAGAGCAAAUGGUAAUCUCAAUGAUGGUGCAUCAUCUAGAUCAAGUGCGGUUUCUAGUACUGCUGCUAGAAGCAAAAAGAAUGGUUGGAAUUUAAGUGGGAGUAAUAGGGUGAAGAGUGAAGUUAGUGGCACAAGUUCUGGCAUUCAGAAAUUCAUAAUGAACGGGAAAAAGAACCAAGCAGACGCAUGUUUUGCUUGCGUGAGAAAAGCAGGCAAGCCAUCGAAUAAAUCGCCCCAGCAUCGAUCAGUUGAUGAGGCUUCUAUCAUUGAGAAAGCUUUCGUAAUCCAAAGCCUCCCACAAUUAUGGGCAGAUAAGUAUCAACCUGCCUCACUGGAUGGCUUCACUUGCCACCAACAAGAAGCUCUACUUCUCAAGGAAUUUGUAAGUUCUUAA